AUGCGGUCGUCUAUUGCUUGCGUCCGCUGUCGGCGGUCCAAGGUAAAGUGUGUCAAUGUUGGGCCGAACACAACUUGCCGCGCCUGUGAGGCCAGCAAUAGAGAAUGCACGUAUCCGGCUCCUGUCACUAGUGGCACACCUAGGGCCGCGUCCGGUGCGACUCCCUCAAGGCCAAACACCAGCGGCUCGGGUGCGAACAAGGACCUUGCGCCAAAUGUUGGUAGUGCCUCGUCACAUCACGGACAUACGGGUGGAGAUAGACCAGAGGCCACGAAGAAAGCGAAGCCCAAGAAAGCAGCUCCCUCUGGGGGCGCUGCAGCUAGCGCAGCGAAUUACACAGGGCCAAAAGCAUGGAAAGAAGCGCUUGGUUCCCCUGUCUUGAACCAGGCCCUUUUGACCCAAGUUUUCGAGGCGUUUCAACUGCAUCACUCGCCUACACUUCCGUUCCUUCAUCCUCCCACCUUUCUCUCGCGGUUGCGUCUACCAAAUUCAACACCCGCAAACACUGGACCCAGCUCUACAUCACCUCCGGCACCUGAUAGAGGUCAUUCUCCAUUGUUGAUGCUGGGUCUUCUUUGCCUUGCUUCACGUCAUGUAUCCGCCCUCUCACAGCACUUCGCGCCGGCACUGCCCACUCCGGCAGCUGUUUCAGAUUUUUACGCAUCGGCGCUCAAAUAUCGCUUGCAGAACGAUGAGGAUGUCGGCCACGGUGAACUUGGCGCAACUUUCGCCACUCCCUCUUUGGAGAAGGUACAAGCUAUUUCCAUGCUAGUUGUGCACGAGUGGGGGAUGUGCCGUGGGGCGGAAGCUUAUGUUUGGCUUGGUGUGGCUAUUCGGAUGGCUAUGGCAUUGGGGCUGAGUUGGGAUGACGCUCCAGAGCCAGGCUAUCCGAUUUCAGAGCCUGCUCUUUCUCCUGGAAAUGGCGAUAGAAAUGAAGGUAGCCCUAAUUCCAAGAGAAGGAGACUGGAAGGUGGGAAGUCUACAGGUGCCAAGGUCACCGGGAAAGAGUUUACGGAUAAGGAAGUUAGAAGGAGGACGUUUUGGGCUUUGUUCAUGUUGGACCGUUCGUUGGGUUCUGGUAGGUUUAGGCCGAGCGUGAUCCAGCUUGCGGAUGCUGCGAGGGUCCAAUUGCCUUGCGAAGAGAGAGGAUUCCUGUUUGGGGAGGGUGUACGAACUGGGUUUUUGACUGUCGAUGGCCUGGAUGAAAGGGGCGACGAUAGGAACGGUGAUAGCAUUGGAGGGCGAUGGGAGGUUGGAGAUGAUGAAGGAAUCCUCGCAAAAGUAGUUCGCAUUACAGAGAUCUGGGGGAGAGUGCAGUCAUGGGCUUGCGCGGCUGGAGGUAGGAGAAGCGAAAAAUACCCACCUUGGUCUCCUAGGUCGAAUUUUUACAAGCUACAGCAUAUGCUGGACGACUUCCACUCUUCGCUCCCCGAGCACCUUCAUUUCUCACCCCAAACACUCUCUGCGCACAUGUCUUCGCGCACCUCAAGCGCGUAUGCCGUUAUGCAUAUAACUCAUUUUUUAUGUCAGGUUGUGAUGCAUAGGGAGUACAUCCCAUUCUUGCCUCUUCGCCUCACUAGACCCCAAGGCCCGCUCGACCCGCCCUUGUUUCCAGCUGACGAUCCUGAAACCGAUAGGGAAGGGUUGGAGCCUGGCAUGACAAUAGCUAUGUGGUGGGAAGAGUCUGCUAAGGAAGUAUUCAGAUGUGCUAGAGGGAUAAUGCAGAUUGUCAAUGGGUUGGAGGAAUGGAACAGCUCUGUCGAGACGCCUGCCAUCGGGUUUGCUGUCUACAUGGUUGGGGUUUGUGGUGUCUAUGCUUGGUCUUUCCCUUGGAUGGAUCAGAAGGGGUAUAUCACUGGGUCCAUUCCCGAUCCCGCUAGCAAGUCGCCUAGUCAUUCUGGGGACGACGAGGAUGAGAAUAUGGAGAGCGGUCGCGGGGCAAGGGAACCGGAAGGUUCCGGAGCAGAAGCUAGGAAGGCAAUUGAAUUGAUCACUAAGAUGAGGGAGAGAUGGAAGAUGGCUGAAGAGUGGUAUUUGACUUUGGGGAGACUGCGAAACUAUUUCAAGACAAUUCGGGAUGAAUACGUUCGCCUUCAUCGCCCUGGGAGCGACACCGAGGGAGCCGCUGGUCCAGUCGCUGGAGAAUCGGCGGAAGCUGCUGUUGCCAGAAAGUUGAAGCAGGGUCUCGGAGGUGGAUUUGAGGAAUAUCGCCGAUUUGAAAAGCUAUUCCAUGAUUUUAGUGGAAUGGAUGAAGGCGAACUUGCCACUAACGCUCGUGCUGGGAUAUCGCCUGACGUCAAACCCGGGAGUCGGGCCAACGCUUCGGAGGCGGGAGCUGACCAUCCCACCACUGCUGAGAUCAAAAAGGAGGUCAAACGUGAGGGAGAUGUCGAUGCUCUCCUUCUUGCUGUCACUGAAGGUGCCUCGGCCGAAGCUACUGGCGGUGGUGGGGGAGAUAGAUGGAUGGCCAUCAAUACACCCCGUCAAACCCAACAACAGCAGGCGCAGGUGGCCCCUCAACCGCAAGCGCCCGCGCAAGGUCAGGCGGAUGGUGGCUUUCUUGCAUCUUUGGCAACUUUUGCAGCAGGUCAAGAACCGAUGCCUCAGAAUAACACCAGCCCGAGCCCGGCUGCUGCACAUCUCAAGUCACAAGAACCUUCCACUAUGGCUCCGCCUCCGGUGGGUGCGGUGUCGGGCCCUAGCCAAGGGCAGACACAAGCGGCUUCCUUGGGUGGUGGCGAUGUUUCCCCCCCCGCGGUGCGCAGCACCAUCCAGAAACAACUAUCUCCACCACCAAAGCCGACGCUAGACCAACCAAAGCCGAACCCGGAACUAGUGAAGAAGCUUACUGAACACGAACAGCUCCAACGUGAGGUUGACAAGGGCGAUAAAUGCGGAGGGACUGAAGACGUCGCGGUGUUUGUCAAUGGUCGCGGUAUCACAGAAUGGACACCGGGAGAUAGCUGGUUGGGUGGUGAUGGGAUGUGGGAGAAGUAG